AUGACUAUCCUGGAUUCUCAUCCCCAGGUUAUUACCUUGGGCAUUUCUUCUGGAAAUCUCAAUUGGGCUUGCUCCGGCGUAUAUGCUAGUCCUAUUCAUGUUAAUAUAAGUUUACUUUGGAACCAUCUCUGUGGGCUAGCGGAUAGCAUGUCAAUCCCGUGGGCGCUGGUUGGUGAUUUCAAUGAUACUUUGGCCUCGACUGAGCAGCGGGGUGGUAUCUUCUCCCCGUCGAGAGCGAGGCACUUCAUGGAUAACAUUAACUCUUGUAACUUGAUGGAUAUUGGUGCUUCGGGUCUGGCCUUCACUUGGUUUCGUAAUUUCCAGGGUCGGUCCCCAGUCCACAAGCGUCUAGACUGUGCCUUAGCUUCUUUGUGUUGGCGAGUGGGUUUCCCGGAAGGUGGUGUGGAAGUGCUGCCUAGGUUACACUCCGAUCACAUCCCGUUGAAUCUUCGCUGUGGGAAAAAAAGUGGAGAAUUUAGGUGGAAGGCCUUUCAAGAGGCUUGGCACAAGGGAGGCUCUUGCAUACUAGCGACACUGAAUGAGGUUAAGGUGGACUCUUUGGAUUUUAAUAAGAAGGUUUUUAGUAAUAUUUUUCGCAGGAAGAAGCAUAUUGAGAAUUGUCUGGCGUCUAUUCAGAGUAGACUUGAAACUGUGGAUUCAAUUGCUCUCCUGCUUCAGCCUGAUAAAUUGAAGAAAGAGCAUCAUGACAUUUUAGCUCAGGAAGAGAUGUUGUGGAGGAAUCGUAUCUUGGGGCUUCAUUUUCCGGAUGGGAAUUGGUGUGAUGACACUGAAACUCUCCAGUUGGGUGUUAUCGAGUACUUUAAGACCUUGUUUGCUGAGACUGUGGAAGUUGAUCACUCGUGCCUGCCCACUCCUGGGUUGCCUUUUAUUCCUUCUCACUUCUUGGCGGACCUUGAGAAAUAA